AUGUUAGAAUGCCCCAACAAUGCACAAGAAACCAUAUGGAAACUCACCAAAGACCUAUGGCCAACAAAGUUUGGUGCCUGGCCAAAAAUUAAACUAGGUACAAUACUAGGAUACGGCAACCUAAACCUCAGGAAAAACAUACAAAACAGACAAAACAGCGAUGAAGAAGACAAGAACAUCAACAUAAGAGACAAGACCAAUGGUGCAUCGAGACUCAUGAGAAUUCUAAUCUCAGAAUCAGCUUACCUAAUAUGGGUCAUCAGAUGCGACAGUACCAUAAACGAAAGAACACACAACCAACAACAUAAUAAAGAGAUGGACAAACAAAAUAAAUAG